AUGGCACUGCGUUUGCCUCCAAAAUACGUUUUCGCCUCGGUCCUUGUCGCCCUCGGUGGUUUCUCCAACGGCUAUGACACGGGCUCGAUUGGCGCGCUGCUUUCCAUGGCACAGUUCAGCCAAUCGAUAGGUCCACUGUCCCCGUUCCUGUUAGGAUUCACGGUCGCGCUCAUGAUGCUGGCGGGUGUCCUUCCAUCUCUCAUAGCCGGUCAUAUGGCGGACCGAUCGGGUCGACUGCGAAUAAUCUUGCUUGGUGCGGCGUUGUUUGCGGUCGGGUCACUUCUUCAGGGCAUGGCACCACGGCUGGCGCUCUUCAUGGCAGGCCGAGCACUAGCUGGGGCCGGUCAAGGCAUCUUUCUCGGACCCAUGAGCGUCUACAUAUGUGAGAUUGCCCCCUUUCGAUUCCGCGGCGCUCUCGCGGGACUACCGCAGUUUUUUGCCGUAACGGGCACCUGUGCUGGCUACUUCACCUGCUACGCUACCGUUGCUAUUCCUUCUAGUAUAGCCUGGCGAUUACCACUGCUUGCUCAAUGCUUUUUUGCCUCUUGCCUGAUUAUCAGCUGCCUUACUCUACCCGAGUCCCCCCGCUGGCUGAUCCUCCACGGGAGACGAACUGAGGCUCGACGCUCCUUGCAGCGUCUACAGUUUCCUUUGGACGAAGUCGAAAGCAGCUUCACUGCUACCGAGCACUUCUCCAAUCUGUCGCCCUGGCAGAGUUUCGUGCUGCUGUUCUCUCGAGCGUAUCGACCACGCACUGUGUUGGGACUAUUUGUCUUAGGAAUGGUACAGCUUUCGGGAAUAGACGGGGUUCUGUAUUACGCGCCCACCCUGUUCGCCCAGGCCGGCCUAUCUUCCUCGACCGCGUCAUUUCUAGCCUCAGGGGUAUCUGCGAUCCUCAUGCUGGCCGUCUCUAUUCCUGCCUUCCUGCUGGCAGAUCGCUGGGGUCGUCGUACAUCGGCCAUAACGGGAGGGCUUGUUCUCGCGACGUGCAUGCUUCUCAUCGGAGGCCUGUAUGCUGCUGGGGUGGUACAUCAGACCGGUGCGGCGCGGUGGGUGGUCAUCACAGCAGUUUAUGUGUUCGGACUAGCAUAUUCAGUCAGCUGGGCAAUCAUGAGCAAGAUCUACGCCAGCGAGAUCCAACCAGCACAUGUGCGCGCGUCGGCCAAUUGCGUGGCACAAGCGUUGGCUUUUUUCACGAAUUGGUUGGUCGCUAUUAUCACUCCAAUUAUUCUGGAUAAAUCGCCCUUCGGCGUGUAUUUGCUAUUCGGUGGCUUGGCGCUAGGCACCGUCGCCUUCCUGGCGGCUUAUAUGCCCGAAACCCGCGGCCGCUCUCUGGAGGAAAUUCAGGUCGCGUUCCAACAGCCAAGCCUGCAACUGAGGGACCUGAAGCGAUAUGUGCGGGAGCUUGUCACCUUGCGGGCUCGCAGCAACAACUAG